AAUAUUAGUCCAAGACAGUCAGCUGAAGUGAGUCAGUGUCUGCUCGGUGAAUUGUGGUCCGCUUUAUUUUGUCGUCGUUUCGACGUUUCGUAACAACUAAUAGCCACAAAGCGAUCGAUUUGUUUUUCAGAAUUGUACGUUACGUGAACUGCGCUGUGGUGAAAAAACGUGCGAUUAAAAAGAAAUAUCAACUGCUGAUUGCCUUUGUGCAAAACAUAAUUAAUAUAACAAAAAAGUCGUUGGACGACUGUGCUUUUUAAGUUUUUUUCAAUUUUGUCUGACCGUCCGAUAGUCGACAUGUCAAGCAACGAGGAAAAAGCCAUGGCCCUGUUAACCGAAGCGGAUAAGAAACUCAACUCGUCGAAAGGAUUGUUUUCUUCGUUAUUUGGGAAUGUUUCUAAGGUAGAAGAUGCAAUUGAUUGUUACCAACGUGCUGCAAAUUUAUUUAAGAUGGCAAAAAAGUGGUCGCAAGCUGGUCGAGCAUUUAUUUUGGCUGCUGAUCUCAACGCUAAAUCAGGCCGUAAACAUGAUGCUGCUACAAAUUAUGUGGACUCUGCAAACUGCUUUAAAAAAACUGAUCCAAAUGAAGCUGCAGUAUGUUUGGAAAAAGCAAUUGAUAUCUAUACAGAUAUGGGUCGUUUUACAAUGGCUGCGAAACAACAUCAAAAUAUAGCUGAAAUGUAUGAGACUGAAGCUGUUGAUCUAGAACGUGCUAUAACCAAUUAUGAAAAGGCCUCAGAUUAUUUUAUGGCUGAAGAAAGUAAGAGUUCAGCUAACAAAUGCAAACUUAAGGUGGCACAGUAUGCUGCUCAACUGGAAGACUAUGACCGAGCCAUUCAGAUAUACGAAGAGGUUGCUGGAACAUCAUUGGACAGUUCUUUGUUGAAGUAUAGUGCAAAAGAAUAUUACUUCCGAGCAGCUUUAUGUCAUUUGUGUGUUGACGUACUUAAUGCUCAACUGGCCAUGAAUCAAUACACUGAACGAUACCCGGCAUUCCAAGAUAGUAGAGAAUACAAAUUAUUACAGGUGUUGUUAAACCACAUUCAAGAGCAAAAUGCUGAUGGUUUCACUGAAGCUGUUAAAGAUUACGAUUCCAUAUCGCGGUUGGACCAAUGGUACACAACAAUAUUACUGCGUAUUAAGAAACUGGUGAAUGACACUCCUGAUUUGCGCUAAUUUUGUUUAUGAAUAAGUACAUAUUUUUAAAUUCCUUAAUUUAUAAAACAACUCUCAUAGAUAACAUCAACAACAACAACAACAAAAAAAAGAAAAGAAAAUGUAUACUGUAUAUAUUUGAAAUAUUAUUUGUGUAUAUUUUCAUUCCUUGCACAAUUAAAAAUGUCAAAAAAUGAGAUCUUCUAUAUAAUAUAAUGUGACAUUUUUUUUUUUGCACAGCAUGUUUAAAACCUUGUGGUUUUAUUUAAAUGGUAUUCAAGUAUUGAAAUCAUAUAAAAAGGGAAAUAGAUUUGACAGUUGACUUUUUUUUUGGUGAUUACAGAUUUCAGAUUUUUUAUAAAAUAUCCUAACCUAGUAUUUUAUAAUAUUUAAAAAAUUAGCUUACAUUCCCUUCUGUAUGUUAAAUGUUGAUCUGCAAUGUCGCUUGCUAUUCUAUUUGGUGCAGCUAUCUAUCAUGUUUGAUUAAAAGCACUUUGUGUUUGUUUGCUGAAUCGUUUUGCACUAAAAAAUGAAAAAUGUUUUUAAAAAGAAAAUUUAAUUUAAUGUAAUCAAUUAUCCUAAUUAUUAUUAUUUUUUUUUUAUCAAUCAUAUCGUAUUUACAUUGCGUAUGGAUAAAAUAUACAUGUACUAAAAUUGAACAGCAAAAAUAUAUAUUAAUAAUAUAAUUAUUGUAUUAUAGAAUGUCUAGAUGAGCUACGUUGUAUAGAAAAAAAAUCGUAGGCUUAUUAUGUGUUGCUGUAGACAAGUAUGAUACUUUUACAUGACUAAUAUCAUCGUAUAUUAUAUUAUAUUCAUAUUACUAAUCAAUAUUGUUAAUGUUUAUUAUUAUUAAUUUUUUUUU